AUGUGCGCCUCUUACCCUUCUCCUGGUGCCGACAAGGCCAUUCGGUGGGAGCUCUCGUCAGGCGGCUCGACUCCCCGGUCCGACACUUCGACCAACACGACCAACUUGUUCUCUUCGCCCGGCUCACCCGUCGACACGGAACUUUCCUUUCCUAGUGUCUGCCCCAGCAACGGGAAUAAAUCACCAAUGGAGACCGCAACCAGCAUUGCUCACAUGCCGGCUCACCCCAAUCACAUCUUGGCUGGACAAACACUGUACUCUCCUGGUCAUAUCCGCACUAUGCGUGAUGAGCUUGUACAAGCACGCAAAACAGGGGAGUUCCCCAACACAGCAACCAAAACUGAAGACGCACAAUCGAUCGUUGAAGACUACCAGCUUCUCCAGCGUCUCCGAGAUGCCCGUGGUGAUCCUGCCUUGCCACCGUCAGCCAACUACAACAUCCUCAAGGUCGACAUUGCCCGUCGUAUCAAGGCCCGCGACGAGGCCCAUGGAGGCUCAUCCAACCUUCAAGAGAUGGAUCACCGAGUCCAGAACUGGAUGAACUCCAUCAAUAAGGAAGCGCGCAUGUUGGAGAUUACACAGGCGGCACUUCAGCGCAAGGGCAUCAACAAUCCCACCCAAGACGACUUGGACGCCAUUGCCGAGGAGUUCAUGCAGAUCGCGGAGCGCACACUUCUCGACGUCGCCAACCCUCUGCGGAUGAACGCCACUCGUAUGGAGGGCAACAUCAGCCGGCUUGAUAGUCAACUCAACGGUUUGGACAGCCAGCUCAAUGGCUUCGACGGCGCAAUGGCUGCGCAACUCAAUGGUCUCGCUUCUAUUGACGGCGCGAUGACAGCGCAGAUCAACACCCUGAACACAAUCUUGAACGCACAGAGCAAUACCUUCAAUGGAUCGGUCGGUAUGAUCAAUACAGCUCUCAGCACUGUCACCACUGAUUUGCAUCAGCUCACAUCCUCGCUGCCGGCAUUGAUCGCCACGGCAGUUCAGACUGCAGUCCAAGAGCAUAUAGCCUCUGUCUCACAGCAACACAAUAUCAGCUCACAACAUCAAGCGAACUUCGAGCAGCCCCCUGGCUAUGCCACAGCCACACGGUCGCAACAACAUCAACAAUCUACUAGAGAAGUCUUCACUGGAUUCCCACACUCCGCUACCACAACUUCUCAAGUCUCAGGACAGCAGCAGCACAAGCAAGACGCUCUGAGCAUAUCGCCCAGCAAAUCGAAGUUCAAGAAGUUCUUUCGGUGCAUCAUGGGCAAGGGUCGUUCAGAGAGGAAGGAGGGUCACAAGGAAGCAAGCUCGGUUUGA